CAUAGUCACCAGCACACACCACAUAUUGUCGCUAACAAAAUAUUAAGACAACAUUUUAGUUGUAAUUCCAUUGUCUCCUCUUUCUCUCUCAGCUCUCUCCAUUUUGGAGGCCUCGUUGAAUCACAGUUGUCUUUAUCACUUUCUCUCUUUUUUCUUCUCUUCUUUCUUUAAUUCAUCAAAAAAAAAAUUUCUUCUCUGUGUUCUCAAAUUAUUGAAGGUGUAAUAUAUGUGUCAUCUUCCAAGAUGACAGUGCAUGGGCGGGCUUGGUGAGAAGAUUAACUCAGCUGGUUUUCUUUGAAAAGGUAUUCAUCGAUUUCCUUGUUAUCAAAUUCGAAAAGAAGAAAAUUUUGUGUGUGAAAGAAGUAUUCUCGGCCAUGAGUAAUAAUAAUGGGCAUAAGAUGAAAGGCUUGUGUAAAAGUUUCAAAUUCAUCUCCCAAAUCUUCGUUGUGACGAAGGAUCGAGAGAUGGAGAUAGGAUUCCCGACAGAUGUUAAACAUGUUGCACAUAUUGGAUGGGAUAAUCAAUCUGCUAAUGCACCAAGCUGGAUGAACGAGUUCAGAACGGCCUCGGAAUUUUCGAAUACAUCCCUUAGUUUAGGAGACGCCAAAGACAUUAACCGAGUUAGCGGUACAACAUGGGGUUCUCAAGAUUUUGAGCAAUCAAUGAUUCAACCAGCGUUCGUGAGAGAUUCUACUAGUCCAACUCCGAGUGACAUACCAAAGGCGCCAUCAUCAAAGAAACAGAAAAAAGUGAAAAAGAAUAAAUUAUCAUCGGCUAAUUCUCCCCGAUCAUCUUCGAAUUCUCCGUCCGCGAGAUCUUCGUCGUCGUCUUCAAGACUAGCUUCUAAAACGAGGUCUGCUACAUUGAUGGCUACGGUACAAAUGUAGCACGAAUAUAUCGCGAAACAGGAGUGGACUUGUAUGAUAAUACAUGAUCCUAGUAAAGCUACUAAUAUACCAUGGGUAACAAAAUGGAAAACUUCUUUCGACAAAAAGGGUGAUGGAUGGAUGGAUGAUGAUAUUACUUUAGUGCAGCAUGAUUUUUUUUUCUCCUUUUAAUAUUGAAAGAAGUUUGGUCACUAAUUUGUUUGUAUAAAUCAAAAAAAUCGAAUUCAUUUUUUCCUUUUUUUUUUUGGUAAGUAGAUAGUAUCGAGUCACAAAGCAAGUGCAUUUCCACAGCCACCCUAACGUGUGCCUUGUAUUAUUUAACAGAGAUUAGUAUUUGAAAAAUAACA